AGUAACACUACGUUACCCAGAACCCCCCGCGCGAAACACUGCGCUGGCAGCCUCAAGAGGUUUCUGCCGCGCACCGAGACGACCGUGCGGAAUAAAGUCAAAACUCCCGUCGAUUUGUGGAAGAAACGAAGAAAAACUUCACUGGAGAAGUUCUCAGCAUGGACCUACAUGAUCUAGCACUCGCGUUUACCUGAGUUGUUGUCGCAGUUGUGGCAUAUUUAUCUACUCGGUUAUAUAAAUGCAGUGACGAAGAAAAAGGGGCUUUAAGCGACAGAGGAAUUAGUAUUUUGUUAAUAACGUUGGUUUGGCGACAGUUCGGGCGGUUUGUCCACUUAUCCGCAUAAAUCAAGGGGGAUAUUUCAACUCAGACCCCCAAAGUGGAGUACACAGGACGGGUCUUUUCGGUCUCCCGCGUCCUUGGGUUGCCGCUGCUGCUAAAGUUGCCCGGCGGUAAGGUGAAGCCACGCCGGGGAACGGACCAGCGCGACGGCCGCUGCUCUCCGGCUAGCUUCUGUUUCGAGGAUCGAGGCCUUGUCGGUGAGGCGACAAUGCUUGACAUAAUGGCUGAGCACCAAGAUUCACUUUUGACGUGCAAAACGGAACCUUUGCCCCCAGAGAGGAAAAAGAGGACUGUUGAGGACUUCAAUAAGUUCUGCAGCUUUGUCCUUGCAUAUGCUGGUUACAUCCCAAGCCCCAAAGAGGAGAGUUCAUGGUCCCCAACAUCAUCCAGCUCUGCACACAGUUCAGGGUUGUCGGCUGAUGGCGGUGGUGGAGGCAGCAGCUCCACGGGCAACACAUGGGCAGAUGGAAACUCUGACAUCCACACCAUCCACACUUUCGUCCGCAAAGCUCGAGCAAACAAGGGCAAAAAUAUCCGCCGCAUGCACUCUGAUAGCACUCUACUGGACAAGAUGCGCCUGAAAGACUCACUCUAUGAUAGCCAGGCCAGCUCUAAGGCAGAGCGCAAGAAGGACAAAAAACUCAAAAAGCUGUCACUGGGUUCUGCCAUGACGGCGGCAGAUAGUGGCAGCAGUGAGGGUGAGAAAAGAGCGCGCAUCAAACGCAGCAAAAACUCAAAACAGCCCAAACCCAAGAAGCUUAAAAGCUCGGCUGCUCAAAGCGAGACAGACUCUGAGGCACGACACACACACACGGAGGUACGACCUGACAGAGACGAGCUGACGGGGCUCCGGGGCUCUAACCCGAGCAUGCAGGGCCUGGAAAAGAUGCAGCCGGACGAGUCAAUGAGGGACGCAGAGAUGAGCUCCAGUGAGGGGGAGACAUGGAUUGCUGACGAAGACAUCAUGGUGGAGUCAGGGGAUGACUCAUGGGACUUGAUCACCUGUUACUGUGGGAAGCCAUUCGCAGGACGGCCUAUGAUCGAGUGCAACCAGUGCGGCAUAUGGGUGCACCUAUCGUGCGCGAAGAUCAAGAAAUCCAACGUUCCCGACAUCUUUUACUGCCACAAGUGCAGGGACACGCGGCGAUCAGGAAACAAAAAAGACCCCUAGACGUGAAGAGGACAGGACGGACAUUUACGCACUCCCCCCCACCCCCCCUGUUUAUUGCUGUCCUCUUGACACUUGUUUUCAUUGAUGCCUACAGCCAAAACAGCCUGAAACAUCACCUGGAUGGCGACCGUAUUGUCACUUUUUGGGAUUUCUUUUUGACAAUCACAACCAUUCUUAUUUAUCCCUCACUCUUUUUGUUUUCUUUGGCUACUGUGAAGAACUGGACAGAAGGCAACAGUGACAGUGGAGAAUCAUUUCUUUUCUUCUUUGAACCUAACUCCUACAGUAAUUGGCUUUAUUGUUCUAGACUGUGCCGGUGGUGAUAAGGUGCAUUUUUGACUCGUAUCUUUUUUUUUUUUUUUUUUUAAGGGUAGCGACAAAUCAGUUCAAGUUUCAUUUUAGUGUCUCAUGGAGUAACAUUUUCAGUUUAACUUUAAAUCAAUGCAAGUGUAAGAGAGGGAAAAUGUCGCUCCUGUUAUUUGUUACGAAGCUAGGUGGGCAGCUCCAUUUUAUUUCAGCCCUAUUUUUACAAUUUACUUCCGAGUUUGCAUUUUUCCUUUCGGUCAUCAGUGAUGAUCACUGAACCUUUAAAAUGUAGAAACACUCACUCCUCUAGAUUAAGAGAUCUUUGAAUUCAUCAAAUCUGUCAACAUAGAUUGUUCAGCAUCCGCGAUUACAUAUAAAUUGCUCCGUUUCAAAAUUGCACACAGACAAUUAUUUCGGCAGUGCACUUUCUAAAACCUCAAAUACCAUUCCCGGUGCGUAUGCGGGUGGUAUUCGUGAUACGACGAGCCACAGCUAAUUAACCUGUUCUUGAUUAGCAUGUAGUUUUCAUGUUUGAGCGCUUAAUGUUUCUCCCUGUCUGGCUUCUUUAACCAAUCAUAGCCAUUUUAAUUUUACAUGAGCAACAUUUACAUUUACAGCUGUUAAUUUUUGUUUCAUGUGUGGUUUUUCCAUGUUCAUCUUAAAGGAGGGGGUUGCUGAAAGACUACAGGUUUAGCAGUGCUUUACAAUAUCAAGAGUGGCUCUGAGGCUCGUUUAUGAAUGGUUGUAAAAACUCUUAGUUUUUUUUCUGUUUCAUGUAAACAUUUAUUUCUUAGCUUUCUGAGAGGCGGGGUUAGAGAUGCGCCCGCGUCAGAGAAUGGACGUAAGAUUGUCUCACAUGGAGAACAAAGUUUGUAGUGUACAGAAAAUAAGUUGACGCCGCGUAGGUUUGUGGCAUAUGUUUAUGUUGUUUGGUUUUACCAUGUGCUUUUUUUUUUUCUUUUUCUUUUUGUUGGUGGGAGUGUCGGUAAGUCUCCAGUAGCAGUUGCACUCUCUCUCUACACCUUUAAUUCAGUGUACAUAUCCUUUUCUUUGACAACUGUACAUAUGUGAAAGUGAAGAGAGAAAAUACCCGAGCAAAAUCUAUAUUUUCUGCAGUCUGAUAUUGUUUUCUUUAACUGUAGCUUGAAAAAUAAAAGUCUUUGGGAACAUAAAAGUGCAUUUUGAUAUUGUUGUUCUGAUAAAAGAGAUACACCACAAA